AUGCUUGAAAAAUAUCUUCUGGAGGUGGAGCUGGAAUACAGCUGUGAGUGUGGAGGAAAGUCAUCAGGCCAGACUUUGACCUUUGCAUCCCUGCCAAAAACAUUUAUCAUACAUCUUAAGCGUUUUUGCUACACUCCAUCCUUCAACCUGCAGAAAAUCUAUGACCCUGUGCAGAUACAGAGGGACUUAGUUGUGUCAUCUAAAAUGGGUGGUGGCUGUUUCAGUCUGGUCAGCGCCAUCAGUCAUUCAGGCAGUAUUGAAGAAGGACACUACAUCUGUGACAGCAUCGACCCAGAAGACUGUCCACUGGAGCCAACUGACCACUGGCUUACUUUCAAUGACUUAACGGUCCUUAAAACAUCUGGCUGGGACGUUUGCAAGAAAAGGCAGGAGCUGGCGUACAUCCUUUUCUAUCGGAGACACAUCUAG